AUGGUGUCCAAGAAGCAUUAUGCCACUGUCACUGGGCUGUCCGGUGUAGUUUUCUCCCUCGGUCUAGUCUUGGGUCCCUUGUUCGGAGGGGCGAUUGCAGAACAUGGCAACUGGCGCUGGGUAUUUCUGCUAAAUGUCCCAGCCGGUGCCCUAUCCUGGGCCUUGAUUUUCAUUGCAUUGCCGACGGGAUUUCCAUACUCGGCCAGACCUAGAAAUUCUGUGCUACCUUCAGAACUCUUGACCCGGCAGGGCGUAUUGCUUCGCCGGGUUGACGUUUUGGGGGCGUUCCUCGUGCUUGCAACAUCAGUAUUUCUGGUGGCUGCUUUGCAGGAAGGCAACUAUGACUUCGGUUGGGACUCCAGUGCGGUGAUCAUCUUCUUCGUGCUCUCAGGUAUAUCACUCCCUCUGUUUAUUCUGUGGCAGUGGUUCCUCAGCAGACGCAACUCUAACUGUCAGCCAAUCUUACCAUGGCGGUUACUGACUAACCGUGUGUUCAUGGGGACUGUACUGGGAUCCCUUACUACGGGUGUUAGUAUGACUGUUAGCAUUGUCGAAAUACCACAGCGAUUUCAGGUUGUUAACGGCAGCUCACCACUCGGAGCCGGGGUGAAGCUUCUUUCCUUUGCAGUCAGUGUCCCUAUCGGCAUGAUAAUCUGCUCCGUCCUCACCGGCCGCCUUCCACUGCCUUUUGUUUAUCUCGGAAUCGCUGGUGUCGCUAUGCAAGUCGUUGGGUUCUUUCUAUUCUCUGGAAUUCAUGCGGAAACCCAGAUAUGGCCGGGUCAGUUCGGAUACCUUGCUCUAGCGGGGCUGGGCACCGGUCUUGGUGUUGCGGUGUUUUAUCUCAUGCUUCCACUGGUGGUGGCGGUUACGGACCAGUCCAUUGCGCUAGGAACAGGUUUCCAACUGCGCAUGCUAGGCGGUGCGCUUGGGAUUGCAGCAGGCACGGCCAUCUUACAUAGUCAUACUCAGAGUGGCCUCUCGUCGAUGUUACCCGCUGAUGAGGUGGAUGCACUCUCCGUAUCCACCCAAGUGAUAAACGCGUUGACACCUGAGCUUCAGACUCGGGUACGGGAGGUGUACGCGGAGGCGUACAGUUUGCAGAUGAAGCUGAUCGGGGGUUUCUCAGCUGCCCAGUUCCUCGCCUUGGUGCUGGUGUGGAAGCGACAAAAUGUGCGAAUUGUCAAACGAUGA